AUGCUGGACAUUUACCAGCUCAACCUGGCAGGCCUGCUCCUCGCUUGCGGCACGCUCUUCGCCUCGGGGAGCCAGGAGAAGCAAAAGGUUGCCAAAAAAGAUGUAAAGAAGGACACAAAGCCGAAGCCGAAGCAGCAAGGCUCUCAAUGGGCAUUCUACGUCGUCUAUGCUCUCGUCAUGGGCUCAGACUGGCUGCAGGGCCCGUUUCUCUACUCACUCUACAAGAACGAGCACCAAAUCCCGUCAGACCUUGUCCCGACCCUCUUCACAGCUGGCUUCGUCUCGGGUGCCGUGGCCGGUUACUUCAUCGGCUCUCUUGCCGACCGGCACGGCCGCAGGGCGAGCUGCCUCUUCUUCUGCGCCGCUUACGCCCUCUCCUGCGUUCUUACCACGAUCCCCAGUGUUCCGUUGCUCUUCCUCGGCCGCGUCCUGGGCGGCCUGGGCACGAGUCUGCUCUUCAGCGUAUUCGAGAGCUGGAUGGUGACGGACUUUCAUGCCCGCCGUCUGGGUGAUCAGGGUCUGGACCUGUCCCGCACGUUCGGCAUGAUGAGUACCGUCAACAGCGUCGUGGCCAUCGUGAGUGGUGUCGUGAGCGAGUGGCUCGUCUCCGUGACAGGGACGCGCAAGGCACCCUUUCUAGCUAGUGUGGGGCUGUUGGUCCUCGCUGCUGGGGUCAUUGCCAGCCAAUGGGAUGAGAACUACGGCUCAACAGGCCAGGCAUCAUCAUCAGAAGCAUCAAAGGGCAAAAAAACGAGCCUCUGGUCCACGAUGACCGACAAACGCGUUCUCGCAAUCGGCCUCGCCUCGACUAUGUUCGAAGGGUCUAUGUACCUCUUUGUAGUCCUAUGGUCCCCCGUUCUCGUGUCUGCCUCCUCUUCCCCUGAGACCCUUCCUUACGGUAUCAUUUUCGCAUCCUUCAUGGCCUCAACCCUUCUCGCUUCUCUCCUUUACCCGCGUCUCCUCGCUCUCGUUUCUACGCCGUCUCGGCUACUGCUCUCGGUCCUUCUCGCCGCCAACGGCGUCUUUUUCGCUCUUGGUACCGGUGCACCGCGCGCGGAGCAGGUUACUUUUUGGCUGUUUUGCCUGUUCGAGGCCUGCGUUGGUCUGUACUUCCCCUCGAUGGGGUACCUCAAGGGAAAGGUCGUCGACGAUGGCGUCAGGGCGCAGGUGUACGGCGUACUGAGGAUACCGCUCAACAUCUUUGUGGUCGUAAGCUUGAUGUUUAGCAGCGACGGACAGGCGGGUAAGGUGUUUCUCGUUUGUGGCAUGUUGCUUCAGGCGAGCUGCGGUGCUCUAUGGCUCAUGGGCGGACAGGAUGCGUAG